AUGAAGCUGAUACAGCAUUUCUUGAUAUUUCUUCUCCUCUUGGGUCUUGUUCUAACCAACGUUGAAGCAAACCCCAACGCAGAGGAGGAAGAACAUGAAACCAAUAUUAAUGAUUCUUUGAACUCUCUGGUAAACGAAACUGAAGAACAAUCUUCAACCUUACAUGGAAAUGGCCGGUCUCUCUUGCGCAAACACCGGCUGCGAUUGACUUGUAACAAGUUCCCCGGGAUAUGCCGUGCUAAGGGAAGCCCAGGGCCUUCCUGCUGCAAGAAGAAGUGUGUUAAUGUGUUGACAGACCGCCUCAACUGUGGAAGAUGUGGAAAGAAGUGUAGGUACAAUGAGAUAUGCUGCAAGGGAAAAUGUGUAAAUCCAUCUUUCAAUAGGGGGCAUUGUGGUGGCUGCAACAAUAGGUGCAAAGAUGGUGGGUUUUGUGCAUUUGGCCUAUGCAACUAUGCAUAG